GAGGGCAGCGCCGGCGCCACCGUCCCACCGCACCCUGCCCGCCGCUCCCCGGAUCCCCGUCCCGGGCCGCCGCAGCGGGAUGGCGCCGGGGCUGCUGGACCUGGUGCACUUGACAACCUGGGCCGUGUGUGCCGUGAUCAAGCUGCCGCAGCUGGUGGCGGUGCUGAGGGCCGGCUCGGCGUGGGGACUCAGCGUGAGCAGCCUGCUCCUGGAGCUGGCCGGCCUCCUUGUGUUUCUGAGGUACCACAUCUAUUAUGGUUACCCCCUGGAGACGUACCUGGAGUUUCCUGUCGUCAUUGCACAAGAUGUCAUUCUCCUUGGCUGUAUUAUGCAUUUCAGUGGAAAAGUGAGACGAGCUUGUUUCUAUGCACUCGUAUAUUGGGUGGGUUGGUAUAUGAUAACACUGCAGAAGUGGAUAAUAGACCUGGCCAUGAAUCUGUGCACACUCGUCAGUGCAGCCAGUAGGCUGGUUCAGCUGCAGCAUCUCUGGGAGACCAAGGAUGCCAGACAAGCGAAUGCCCUGACCUGGGGCAUGUCUGUGUACGCCUCUGCAGCAAGAAUUAUUACAACUCUAAUGACUACAAAUGAUUAUGCAGUUCUCAUCCGUUUCAUAGUCAUGCUCAUUCUCAAUAUUUGGGUCACAGCCACAAUCCUGCACUACAGGAAGAUUAAAAAGACUGAUUAGACGACACUCAUCAGCACACAUAUCAUUACCAUAAAAAAAAAUAUAAUUAAGCCUAACGAAUUUAAGAAUUCUUCAAAGACUGAGGAAGCUCUCUUUCUCUAGUAUUUACCCUUUAGCGUACUUAUAGUAUUUACAGUACUUACAGACUUACAGUAUAGCACAUUCAUGCUUUCUUUCUCUUAGAAAUAAUUCUGAUAAGAUACUUAAUUUAAGCAGCAUAUUUUUAUUGGUCAUUUCAGACAAGUUUCACUGAUAUCACAUUUUCUCUGGAUUUUUUACUACAAGGUAUUUCAUAGUUAGAUGUAUAUAUAUUCUGGUAUCACUUCAGUACUUUCUGGUUACAUAUAAGCAAUUUUCUUCAAAUUAUACAUGAUCAAUUUUGCACCAACAUACUGACUUGUCCUGCUGCAAAACUGUAAAACCACAACAGAAGUUUGUCUUCUUCUUGCAACUAACUCAAUUAGUUCAACAUUAACUGUCUGUAUUUUAGGAUGAAGAAAAUCUGAGUCAAGGCCCAAUCCAGAAUAAGGUUCUAAUUACUAAAUCACAAAUCCAGUUGGAUUGUAGCACUUACAUGCAACACUUAAAUAGUACAAUUUAUACAGCUGAUACAGGAUACCCAUAGUCACUUUCCUCAGCAUACCCAGUUUUUAUUGGAUAAGAGAGCAAAAACUCAACUACAAAUUAUUUUUCAACCUGAACUGUCAUUCACUGAACAUACUAGUUUUGGGAACAGCAGGGACAGGAAUGUAUGGGAAUUAAUGAAACUGUGGCCAACAGUUAAAAAUACCAUUCAAGCAAAAGUUCCUGGAAUGAUAUCCAGAAUUCCCAAACACCACCCAUACUGACAGUGACAUGUGCACCUUGAUGCAUCUCAGCAGACUGAUCUCCUGCAGUUGUCAGGUUUUGGUGAUACUGCUCUGUGGUUCAUGAAUUUUUGGCCCGUCAGUGCUAAGUGUGUUGAAGAACAUAGACUUCACUUAAACUUUUACUUCAGAAAUUCUAAUAAAUUUUGUAGUACUUAGAGUAAAAAAGGGGAAAGGAUAUUCUUGACAACUAUUAACAGAGGAUUUUGGUUUUGAAAGUACUGCCUUCACAACCAAAAGUUACAUUAGUAAUCAUACAGCUUGCCUUCAUUUAGCAUUACAUUCCCCAAAAUUAAAAGAUACAACAUUCCAAGAGUUCUUAUGGUAUUCUGUUGAUUGGCAUGUAAAAAACCUAGGCACCCUUGAUCCCAACACCCUUGAAAACUAUGGGAAGACUGCAUUGACUCCAUUUGAGGCAGGUUUUCUUCAAAACAUUCUAAAUUGUGUGACUGCUGUGGAGCAGAGGGAUCUGCAAAAGCAGAUGUUUCUGCCAGUGAGCACGCAGCAAUUGGAGCAUUCACCAUCAGAAAGCAACUGCUUUGUACUCUAAAUUUUAGUGGGAAGGGCUGGGAAGAGAUGUGUCUGUGGGCAGUGAUUUCAUGUAUCCCACAUCACUGACAGCAAGUCAAAGAUGAGCUUUUCUUUACUGCUCCAAUAAAAAGUCAAAUCUUUCAAUGUUGGUUGAAAGAUUAAUUGUAAACAUUCUGAUUUUACUAAAUGUGUGUAAAGUAUCUGAAGUGGUCUAAAUGGUGGCAAGUGGCAUGUGAUACGUUUUCCAGGUGAUACUAAUAAAUGCUAUUUUUCAAGAUUGAUAGUGUCAUUCUUAGUUAAUUUUCAUUGCAUUUGAGUUUUUAUUGUUUAUUGUUCUCUCCAUAUAUGGAGAGAAAAUGAAAUAUUCAUUACAGGUCAUAAAUGGGCAGCUUUCACCUUAACACUUGAAGCAUCAGGCUGAAUAGUGACCUGCCAAAUGCUAAAGAGCUCCAGCAUCUUAAAAUGAAAAAAACCCACACUUGCUUUUUAAUUAAAGCCUUUUCUUGACAGAGAAAGAUUUGUAUGGAAUUCAAACCCUCUCUGUUAUUGACAUCUUUCACUCCUGAGUGAUGCUGUAGCAAGAUGAAGCUGCUCCAUUUUUGGUUUGAGAAUCAGCACCUCAAGAUGGUUUUUUAUCAUAAAAUACUGAAAUAUUCUUAAUAGGUUACUUAAUGCAUUUUGAAUAAAUCACCUUAGAAACCUGUGGGAAAAAAAGACUGAGAAAAAAAAAAGCUGGGUAAUUAGUGAACUUAAGGUAAAGUAAUUUUGUGGACUUGGAAAGCUGGAUCAAUUCAAGUUGCAAGAGAUAUGGAACAAAUCAGAAACUAGCAGUAAAUAGUUGUACACACUUUUUCCUCUCUCAGAGAGUAACUUUCAUAAACAGAGGCACAUUCAAAUUCCAGGCAAGCCCCAUGAAAGCGCAGGCACUGUGUUUUCUAGUAGGUAAAGUAUAAUCUUCUCGGUGGCUGGAUUAAAGGCAACAGCUUUAGACAAACACAUAGGCAGGAUAAAUCUUGUUAAACUUGUCAUUCACCAGUAUCAGGGUGGAAACAGGGAGGUCAUUGGCUGUGUAAUGCAGCAGCAGGGCAAAAGCAAGCAGGGAAAGCAUCUUGGAUUUACGGCAGAAGGUGUAAGCAAGUAAGCAGCUCUUGUCCACAGGGCUGGAAGUAAUCCAGCCCCAUUCACAGAUGCUGUACAGGUGUGGAAUUACACACUCGGUGUCUAAUUGUACCAACAUGCUUACAAGGCAACACAACCUGUCCUGCCCUGGCUGACAAAGUGUGUGUCUUGCCAGGGCUUUCAAAAACUUUGAGUCUUCUUGUCUGUGAGAAGACGAGCUCUGAGUUCCAGUACAGUCCACUAAAUUACCCCAGUACCUCCAGCAGUGGCUGUGACAAACUGUGACUGGAUUGGGCAGCAGGUAAGCUAGAAGCUCACUUCAGCUGUAUGAGAGAAAACAUUUACCAUGAGAUUUCCUAUCGAAAGAAUGAGGAUGUGAGCCCAGAGACAGCAGGCUGCAGGUCUGGACAUGGAUGUGGACAGGGGAAGAGGUGUAUAGUUCAUUUUUUCUGGACUGUCCUCAGUGAACAAACAUUGAACACAAAUGCAAACGCAUCCUCUCCCCUCCCUAUGGGCCUCCCUUAGCACUGGGCAUUCUGUGCGAAGCAGACACAGAUCUUUCCUUGUGCAAUCCACCAAGGGAUGGGAUUGCUUGGACUGCUCAGGAGCCCCUGUCCCUGCCUGAGCUCCGAGCCUCUGUCUGCCUUACGUGCACGUGGCUGCUCCCCAGCCUGGCUCUGCUCAGCUGAUCUACUGAAACACAAGAGAAAGGAGUGGGCUGGGAAGGCAGUGACAGCCCCCAGCCGCUGCAGGCUGAGAGCUGGAUUUUAGUGCAGUUUGACUCUGGAGAAAGUAAUUCAGAAUUAGCUGAAUGGCCCCAAUCUUAUAGAACACCUUCACUCACUUCUUUAAAUGUGGUAAAAUUACUCUUCCUCCACCAAACAAUCAUCCACUUAGUGACAUAUGUAAUAGGGGGAAAACAAAAAAAGGAAAUAACAGCUGAGUCCACACAACGAACUAUUGUAAAUGAAAAACUCCACAGAUGUGGAGAUAACUGAUAUGAGGUAGUUUCCCAGCCAUGUAUUUUCCCUGAUGAUAAAUAAUAAUGACUUCCCUCCAAAUUCUCAUCAGGCUGGUUUUAACUCUCUCUUCCAAAUUCUUCCAUACUUGAAAUUCUUAUUUAUGUAUGAAGCAGAACAUGAAAUGUCACUGUCAUCACUAAUAAUGGUCUAAGGAUGUCUCACUUUUGAAGGUGAGGAAACUGAAAAAAAAAAAAAUAGGAUGUUCUAAAGUUCUUGGUUUGUACUAAAUUAAAUUUGCUGGAUUUUGAGCCAGCAUUCUCCAGGACACUUCACAGUUCUCGGUGAUGACAACUGUUGAGGUCAAACAGGUGCCUGGGAGCCACAAUGAACAUCACUGUAAGAAUCUGACAGAUCAUCACUUGUGAUGGAUCCAACUACAAGACCUUGCAAGCCUCACAGACCUGAGUCCUGAUGGACCUCAGGUGUUUCCUGCCUAGUGGCAAGACAGACAUACAGUCAUUUUCAAGUUAAAGGUGUCAGCUAUUCCAUUCUACAUUGGCAGUAGUUUGGGGCAGCCAUCUGUGUCUUGGAAAAAAAAUUCAAUCUUUGGGCUAGGAGUAAAGUAAGAGAUUUUUACAUCAUAGUUUUGAUGAAAUUUAAUUUGGGAUACUUGAAGAAGAGUUUAAAUAAUUGUCACAAUUUUGUUCAUACCCUGUUUUGUUUCAUUAUUUUAUCUUAGAACUUUCUUAAAUUGUCAGAAGCCUAAACAGGUACCUCUGUGCAUUAUGUGGUAUCACUGACUCACAGGGAGGGAGCUUUAAGAGGGCAGACACUUUAUCUGUCAGGUAUUCUGGAAAACGAUGUAAAGAACAGAACCUGCACCUGUCUAAAAUAUGACAAGUUAAGUUGGCUCAUGAUGGUUCUGAUUCAAACUGUGUAGUAACAAGGCUCCGUGCUGAAAAUCAAUUCUACUUACUACCCUAUUAUAAUUGCAAGUCAUCUGUGUAUAUGCCUGCUCUGGAAUGUACAAGAUUUCUGCUUUGGAAUGCGAAGGCUUUGGCCACCACUACCAAGACUCAUACUAUAUGAAAAUCAUAAAUGGAGUAACACACAUCCUAUGCCUCACUGUUGCCUCUGUCAGGUAAAUCUUAAUGAAGCACGAACUGAGCUUCAAUAAAGCAUAUUUUAAAUAAUUACUGGAGAGAAGUUCUUUCACCUUUGAACAGCUGACUAUAUACAGAUCCUGUACAGUGGUCUUUCAAGAGUCUGACUUAUUUUGUGAGGGUUUUUUUCCCCCAUGAAAUGCACUGUCAGCACAACUUACAUUCUUCAUGGACUCUCUGAGCUCAUGGGCAUUUUCGUCUCUCGGCCAUGUUGGUUUUUUUAAUUUGCACAAAUGCCUACAAGUAAUACAACUCCCAUUGCCGUAGCUCAGAACAGAGCUGGCAGGGGAGCCUCUCCCCAUGGCUCCAGAUUGGACUAAAGGCUACGCAGAUCCUACUGAGUCUCAAGUGGCCCCCAGGACACAGGGACUGUAAUAUGGUGGAAAACAUCACACAGACGCAUGAGACCAUGGGACCAGCAGGCAGAUCCAAGUCCUGAAGCUGCAGCCAGACCUGCACUCAACUGCAAGGCCUGCUCCAAGAGCCUACCAGAAAAUGGAACUGUUGAGGUCAGAGACAGUGCAAGGUGAGCCAGUAUGAAACAGAGCUCAGACCUCAGGUGGGGUAUGCAGCUCCUUCAGUCUUAAAAACAUAAAGGGAUUUAAUAUCUCAGGUAACUCCAAAACAAGUUUCUAUCAGUUCACUUGUUAAUAAAAAGUAGCACUUAUUGAAGGCAAUUCAGUGCCCAAAGUCUCAGCAGUUGGUGAUGCAAAGGACAAGAGGACUGGCUGUGAUCUCACAAGCCUGGUGUGCAGUCGCUGGAUAGCCAUGCUUGCCAAGUGGUGCAAGAGCAUCCUGGGCUAUUGCAAAAAGCACCCCAAACAGUAAUGACAAAUGACAAGAACUACAUGACAUGAGGCCCACAGGGACAGUAUGCAGAGAAGCAGGCACACACCUCUGAACAAACACUGGAGGCCUUGACCUUAAAAUGAGGUGGUAAGACUGAAGGAUCUCAUGCAGUUGUCUUGGCUGUGGAAACAUUUCUGUGCAGCUCCUCCAACAAGUAAGGGCUGCAGGGACAUGGUAUUAUUGGACUCUGCCCUUUCUUUUCAGGGUGAUGAUGUGUUUUUCCAGAGUUCUUUAAGGUAUCAAGACUACAUACACUUAUAAUUUAAAUUUUGAGACCUUUCACCAUGACUUUCAUUUUGAAAGCUCACUUUCAUCUUGCACCUUCUACAAGAUUAUUGGAGCAAAAGCAGCUGCAGUCAAAUCCACGGCUUCACCCUUGCAAUAUUGCGUAGUAAUGUGGGUUUCUUACCUUUAAAAAACACUGCUUCCUGCCCACAAAGUGGCAUAGAUUCCACACCCCAAUUUUCAUUAAUAAGACCUGGUAAUUAGCAUCCCUGUGCCAAUACAUUAUUUUCUCUACAUCCCCACUUCUUAAGAGCUAUGUUACAGCUACAGCUUUUCCAUUCACUGCAGUAGUUUCUGGGGAGAACUAGGCUGGAUGUGUUUUGAGUGUUCUUCUCUGCCACACACAUUGCAGUAGACUUGUCCAGUUUCUCAGAUGAGAAUGUCUGAGCAUGUAUACCUGUCCAAUUUUUAGGCAACUUCAAUAUCGAACACAAAUUGUAUUUUCAGAACCACUCCAUCAAUAUCUUUUAUGGAGAUUAGAAAGAAGAAUCCUUCCCACCCUCAUGAGGGGUACUUCAAAGCAGCAGGCAAACUCUGUGAUCGUUGGGAUUCUGAUAGAACCCAAAAUGAUUCAGAAGAUUAUCUUAAAAAAUAAGAAAUAAUGUUUUCAAUUUAAAGUGUACUAUGUGCAGAGAUGAUUAUUUGUGAAAAACUGUAAUGCACUGAGAAAGGCACCAAGCCUGUCAGAGGUCAAGGAGUGUCUAGAUCAUGCUUUUAGUCAUAUGGUUUAGUUUUAGGUAGUUCUGUGAGGAGCAGAGAGUUGGACUCGAUGAUCUUUAUAGAUCCCUUCCAACUUGAUGCAUUCUAUGAUUACAUGAGAAAAAAAAUUAAUCAUUAUUGUAACACGAAUGUCAAGGCAAACUACCCAGGAAUGUGGAGGAGACUGAAAUACUCCAGUUCACUGAACUGGACCUUGUUCUUCCGCCUCAAAAUCAGAAUAAGGAGGUGAUUAAGGGUUUGUAUGAGCAAUGCAGGUAAGAAGUUUGCUUUCAUAUAAGCUCCCCCUUUUCACAGCAUCCCAUAUACAACCUCACAAGCACAGGAUGGGUAAAGGCACUUGGGACCAAAAGAUAUAAUUCUCUUUUAAGGAUUCUCUCAAAGCUAGAUGGGAAAUUAAUACAUUGUAAGAUUACAAACAGAAAGGCUCAAAUUUCUAAUGAUCAUUCAACAUUAGAAACAAAAAAGAAACUAAAGAGAAAAAGCCCAUAAUUUCAGUGGCAGCUUUCCUGGCCUUGCUGCCUUCAGAGAGCCACUGAAUGCCUGUCAAAAUGUAGGAGGUUCAGUGUUUUCAAGAGGCAGUAAGAGAAAGUAAGUGAAAUUUCAGUGAUGUUUUAAAUUUGGCCCCUGUCACCGCUAAGAUCUUUGAGUCUCUUGCAUGUUUCCAAGUCCUACAUCCUACUGUGAUUCUGUGUCAUGUUUUUGGUUACAGCAUCGGCCAUGCUCAGAAGCACAAGAACCACCACAGUUUUCCUCUAGUUAGAAGCAGACCUGGUGCUGGGUUGCUGGCAGUGCUGGAGGAGCUGCACUUUGGCAGGGACCACAAGAGGUAGGGAAUUGCAGCACACAACUAGGACAGAAGUGGAAAUCUCAUUGCAGAAACGUCUUUCUGACACCUGACAAGGUAACUUCAGUGGGAUCUGCCUGUCCUUCUGUUCUGGUGAGCUCUUGGGACUGGGAACUAAGGAACAAUUUCUGUACAAGUGCCUUGAGCUUCUGGCUCCAACUCUGACCUCUGGUUUUCCAGAAGAUUAAUCUGCAGCUUGGCUAUACCACUUCUUUCUGUUUGUGAGACAAAAGGACUUGCAAUGAGAGAAUUUUCUAUAGGAAAGUCAUUCAGGCCAUAAAAAUGUCCUGUUUGCUUAGGACAAGACUGUAACAAAAAGAAAAUGUUAAAACAUCACUGACUUUCAAGUCAAAUACUCCUUACUUCAUGAAUGUGCCCUUCUCUCAAAAAUAUUAACAGGUCACCACUAGACAAUAAGGAAACAACACAAAACUCCAGGAACUAGCAUUAAAGAGGUGUUUGCAUUUCACAGCAGGAUAAGGGAGAACAGAAGAGCAGCUCUGCCUUCUUUUUGUGUGCUGGGUACAAAGUGAGGUUUGUGCACCUCAGCCCAGGGGCCUUGAGGAAGCCAUGCUAACUGAGCUCUCAGGAGCCCAGCGCUCCCUGAGGCCCGAACUGCUCCCCGACUCCGUCUCAGCACAGCCUGCUGUCCGCACAGCUAAGGACUGUUUGUACAAGCAUGGAAUUCACACACUGGGACUAGCAAUACUAUCAUAUAGUACAUCUCCGAAAAUGUCAGGCUCAGCAGGGCCCCGUGGACUCACAGUAAAUGAGGGCAAGCCAGGGAAAGAAAGUGCAAAGGAUCCAGCCCCAGCAGUGGAGGAGCUGCCAAACAGCUCCCUGGAAUCUGCUCUUUCUCCAAACACACAGCCUUUGCUGGGCUGCCUUUGGAGCAGCCCUUGCCUUUCCCAUAUCUGCUGCAGUAGUUAUCUUUAGAUUUAAAUAUUUCAAUUAAUUACCAGCUUCUCAAGUUCAGGAACUAUUUUACCUUACUCAAAUAGUUUAUUUAAAAAUAUAUAUAUAUAUAUAUAUAAUAUUCUCCAAUUCAGAAAAGGAUAGAACUUCCCACAAUGUAACAUUUUUUAUAUAUAUAUAUAAAAUAUUUAUGCAUUCAGUGAAUGGAAACAGUUUUACUGUACACAUUUUUAAUGUUGUACUCUAUGCAAAUCUGCAUUAUCUAAAAAUAUACCGUACUUCUGUAAAUCAAAAUAAGCAGGGAAAAACCACCGUAGCUUUACUGUGGGUUAUAAUACCUAACAGAAAUGAUAUGAAAGUUUUAGUUUUGAAUUUAAGAACUCACAAACAACAUUUUACUUUGUGAGCACAUAAAUAGAAGACUGAAUACAUUCUUGCUUUGUUAAGCUGAACUGUAGUAGAGGUUACAAAAUGUAAAUAUAUUUAUUAAUUUUCAGUGUUUCCAAGUCCACUUUUCAUGAUAGUGUUAAAUAAAACAUGGUCCUAUCCUUCCAAACAUUUCAACACUCUUUAAAAACAAAAACAAACAAACAAAAUUUUAAAGUGAAAUGUCCUCCUUCAUUGAAGUGUUAGAUCAUAUUUUAAAUUACUGCACUCCCACACAAUAUUUUAUAUAUAUAUAUAUUCUAAAUAUAUAUAUAUAUUUAUAUAUAUAUAAAGAGACCAAAUAGGAGACUACAUUUUUUUACUGUCAAUAUGUUUAACAUCACAUACUGUAGUUGUAUAAAACAUGCAUUUUCUGGGAUAAUUAUGAACACAUCAUGAAUGAGCCCAUAUAUAUUAUAUUUUUUGUACAACUCCAAGUUAAAAAAAAAGUCAGAAUAAGUGCCUCUGAGGCCCUUUCUUCCCAGCUAUCAGUUCUCAAAACACACUACUGAAUUUUUUUAUCUAUGCCUACAGCUAUGUGCUAGAGAACCAGGUUAAAACUUUAAAAUACAUCUACAGUAUGUUUCACUUUUCUUAAAGUUUGUGACAGUCCUCAGAUAUUGUGUUGUGAAAUGUAAAAAUAGUCACAGAUUCUUUUAUUUUCCAGAAAUAAAAAAAAAAAAAACACAUCUAGGAGA